AUGGGCGACACAGAGCGAGCCCGGGAUUACCUGCACAAGACUGGACGCUUCAUCGUCAUCGGUGGCAUUGUCUCGCCCGUGCACGACUCCUAUGGGAAGACGGGUCUGGUCUCAAGCCGGCACCGCCUGACCAUGUGCCAACUGGCCGUCCAGUCCUCUGACUGGAUCAGGGUAGACCCCUGGGAGUGCUACCAGGACACCUGGCAGACCACCUGCAGUGUGCUGGAGCACCACCGUGACCUGAUGAAGAGAGUGACUGGUUGCAUCCUCUCAAAUGUCAACACCCCCUCCAUCACCCCCGUGAUCGGCCAGCCCCAGAAUGAGUCCUCACAGACCAUCUACCAGAACAACAACAAUGUCUCCAACAAGCCCACCGCAGCAAAGAUCCUGGGGAAGGUGGGAGAAAGCCUGAGCCGGAUUUGCUGCGUUCGCCCACCCAUGGAGCGCUUCACCUUUGUGGAUGAGAAUGCCAACCUGGGGACGGUGAUGAGAUACGAGGAGAUCGAGCUUCGCAUCUUACUGCUCUGUGGCAGUGACCUGCUGGAGUCCUUCUGCAUCCCUGGUCUCUGGAACGAGGCGGAUAUGGAGGUGAUCGUCGGGGAGUUCGGGAUCGUGGUAGUGCCCCGGGAUGGAGCAGACCCUGACCGGAUCAUGAACCACUCCUCCAUACUCCGCAAGUACAAAAACAACAUCCUGGUGGUGAAGGACGACUCAAACCACCCCAUGUCGGUCGUCAGCUCCACCAAAAGCAGACUGGCCCUGCAGCACGGGGAUGGACACGUCGUGGAUUACCUCUGCCAGCCCGUCAUCGACUACAUCCUCAAGAGCCAGCUCUACAUCAAUGCCUCCGGCUAAGUGCCAGAGGUCUUGCAGCGAGACAGCCCUUGUGUCCCGCCUGCCUACAGCUCUCCAUCACUCUUUUUUCUCUCUCUCUCAGUCCGUGUCUCCAUCUCUCUCCCCACCCCAUGGCCUCCUGCCCGUAUCUGCCUCUCACGUCCGGCACCAACGCUCUAUCAUGCAGCAAUGUCCAGGGAA